UGCAGGGGGUCUUCUGCGCCCGGUGGCGCGCGCAGGCUCCCCGCCCGCUCCUGCGGGAGGGAGGGGGCACCGGGUGCCUCGGGCGAGGCGGGAGCGCCGCGGGCGUCGGCCGCCGCCCGGUGCCGCGUCCCUGCCCGUAGCGGGGCGGCGACCGUUCCUUUCCGCCCUGCGGCGUGCGCGGCCGCCAUGGCGCUGGUGCUGGAUCUCCUCAGGCGGGUGCUGGAGUACUUCGGCUGGCCGCCCGACCAGGCCAUAUUUUUAGAAGCUCACGUGUUUGGCCGCAGUAUCAGUCGUACAAUCAGAACGUGCCUUCCUUCAGCAAUCUCAUCGAGAAGGCGUUUCCAGCAGUUAUACACAAUCAUAAGGAAGUAUCAGAUCAAGGUCAUAUCUGUUUGCCAAAGAAAGGAAUAUGGAUCUACUCGAAGUGUUGUCCGUAGACUUGGGACAAUUCUUUCAUUAGAGCCAUACCCAAGGCCUUAUUUUCAACUUGUUCAAGAUCCAAGUCCAUUGGGUGAUGAUGAGCAAAGCACAGCUCCAAAUCCUGUAGCUCCAUCGCUUGCUGAUGUCCUGUGGGUGGCAAACAAUGAGGAAAAAGCAUUUACUAGACUUCGGGGGACAGCUCCUGCUUACCUCAAAAUUCUUACUAGGACUGAAUUACGAAGGAAAGAAAAAAGUACAGAUUAUCAUGACCUACAGCCAUCUAUAGAUUCAGUACAAAGUGUUUCAAAAAACAGUACACGGAAAGACAGUCUUGUUAAUCAAGCAGCACUCCAGAAAAUUUCUGCACUUGAGGACGAGCUAACCUUUCUUCGUGCUCAGAUUGCUGCGAUUGUUUCAGCGCAGACACUGGGAAGCAUUCCGCCACGAGCCUUUAAAACAUUUAGCACUCCAGAUGGAUUUUACCCAGUGCCAGCUAUGACUUCUACGCCAUUGUCCGUCUCUCACAAUCACUUUGUGAUUCCUUCACCUCCUCCACUUCCUUCUGGUGUACCACCUGGUGUUGAUGCUAGUAAUUCAGCAAUUGAACUUAUAAAACAACGUCGUGCUGCAAGAAGCAGUGGUUCAACUACAGCUGAUAGCGCUGAUCACCAGAGGACAAAGAACGUUCCUAGUAUGAUGGAUGUUUUGAAAGACCUAAACAAAGUUCAGUUGCGAGCUGUUGAGAGGUCGCCUGGAGGUACUCCUCUUUCUAGACCCAGAAAGAGGCAAAGUGCAGAUUGGGAUCCAGUUGCUCUACUAACUCAAGCACUAAAGCAGAAAUUUGCACAUAAAAAUUAUGAAGAUGAUGAUUCCGUGGACAAAGAAAAUCGAUCUUUUGAUAGCUCCCCAUUUUCUAGUCCAGAGAUCCCACUGGUUGGACGCUGCAGUCUGAAGCCAAAUGCAAAAUCUAGCCUCAUAAGAACUGAUGAAAUUAAGCAGGUAUCAACGUGGAAAGCGAGAGCACAUAUUUAACUGAUGGAGACUUCUGAGGAAACUUCAUAGUGUGUGUAAGUGGUGGGUCUACUUUGAAACUGCUGUAAGGUGCUGUAAUGUUUUCCAGAACAUGUCUUUCCUAUGCUGUUGAAGUUUGGGUUGUAGGGUUUGUAAAACUGCCUCUUCCUUUAGCUUCCCAGCAGCCAAACUUGUGAACGUGAUGCUCACAACCAAAAAAAAGGUGUUUAUUACUAUGAAGCACUGUGUUUGAAACCUGGGAAAUGCAAGAAAUAAGCGUGUGAAAGAAAAAUAAUUACUGGUGUGGCAGCUGAGGUGUGCACUCUGUUUGCACUUCAGUGUAAAAGUAGUGUAAACUUCUUGUUGCUGUGUUAUAUAUAACUGACUGUAUAUAAUUAAUGGUAGCUAAUACUGUUUCAUUAGAAUGGUAUAGUUACCUCCGUUUUCUUUGCAGUUUGCUGAUGCAACUCCAUAUGCCAUGUGCAAACAGUAUUCUAACUUAUUUGGGGUCAGUAGGUAAACUUUUAGGUUUGUGAAAAUUUGUGCUGGAGGAAGUAAACUGCAAGUCGUCCGUUAAAUGCCUAUAAUAUGGGGGAGUUGUGUUCUGAGAUAAAAAGACUUUGUAGAGAGAUAAAUUCCAUAUGUAAAUAAACAUUAACUCCCUCCUUGGCUUCUCCAUAUGAAGUCUGUUUUGUUCACAAGAGUUUAUAAAAUAAAAUUUUCUUUACUUCACAGA